AUGCCUCCCAAGCGCAAGGCCACUGAUAGUGGCAGGUCGAGCAGAACUUCGAAGAGACCUACGCCAGUUCCAGAUGUGAUGGAUAUUUCUAGCAGUGAUGAAUACUCGGAUCCAGAUCAUGAAGAGCCACCGGAGGAGAACAACUUGAAAGAGGUCGUCAAUAAGUUUUCAUUGGAGGCACAUAGCAAGAAGACACAUGCCGAGAAGACAGAUCCCAGAUUCGGCUACAAAGACCUUUCUUACCUCUCCCUCAAACGUGAUCACUAUAAUCGCCCUCUAUGGAUCGAGCCGGUAAAAGGCACGAUCACCCUUGAGAGCUUCUCGCCACUUGCAUCCCAGGCGCAGGAUUUUCUCACAACUAUCGCGGAACCGCUCUCGCGCCCGACCCACCUACACGAAUAUCGCCUCACGGGCCACAGUCUUUACGCUGCGGUGUCGGUUGGUUUGAAGCCUCAGGAUAUUGUGGAGUUCUUGGACCGUCUGUCGAAAACCCCGCUCCCUGAAAGCAUUCGUUCUUUCAUCAUCGAAUUCACAAAAUCUUAUGGAAAAAUCAAGAUGGUUCUGCGACACAACCACUACUAUGUGGAAACGUCAGAUCCCGAGAUGCUGCAACACCUAUUGAAAGACGAAGUGAUCGGUCCGCAAAGAAUCGAGAGUAAUGAAGGAAUUAUUGAACGAGCAGCUCCGAAGAUGGGAGCACUUGUUAUUCCCGGUACAAAAGAUGCAGCUGGUGUGAGAGAGACUGGCAAUCAGCAACCAGCAUCUGCUCCACCCCGAGAUGAUAAUUUGGAAGGAGCAUUGGAUUACGGUAUCGAUGACAUCGGGGAGGACGACAGUGAGGAGGCCAUUACAUACAGUUUCGAAAUUCCACCGACGGGUGUUGAAGUGGUGAAGGCCCGCUGCCAGGCCAUCGGAUGUCCAGCCUUGGAAGAGUAUGAUUUCCAGGGAGAUACAGUUAAUCCCAAUCUCGAUAUGGAUCUCAAGCCGGCUGCACGGAUUCGUUCAUAUCAGGAGAAGAGUCUGAGUAAGAUGUUUGGUAACGGACGUGCAAAGAGUGGUAUUAUUGUGCUUCCAUGCGGUGCUGGCAAGACCCUGGUGGGUAUCACCGCAGCGGCAACCAUCAAGAAGGGAACAAUUGUUCUCUGUACCAGCUCCAUGUCUGUCGUUCAAUGGCGGAAUGAGUUCCUACGCUGGACUACUAUCGACCCCAGCGAUAUCGCAAUAUUUACAUCGGACCACAAAGAAAAAUUCAAGAGAUCUACCGGAAUUAUUGUCUCAACAUACUCCAUGGUCUCGCAAACUCGCGCCCGCUCUUAUGAUGCUCAGAAAAUGAUGGACUGGCUUCAAUCUCGAGAAUGGGGUAUGAUGAUUCUUGACGAGGUGCACGUUGUACCGGCGUCCAUGUUCCGUAAAGUCACAUCUGCCAUUGCUGCACAGAGCAAGCUUGGCCUCACCGCAACAUUGCUACGUGAGGAUGACAAGAUUAAGGAUCUGAACUUUUUGAUCGGUCCUAAACUAUACGAAGCCAAUUGGAUGGAACUUGCUUCCCAGGGUCAUAUCGCCAAGGUCCAGUGUGCCGAGGUCUGGUGUCCUAUGACGACAGAGUUUUACUCCGAGUAUUUGCGGGAGAGCUCGAGAAAGCAAGCACUGCUUUACAUCAUGAACCCUCGCAAAUUCCAGGCAUGCCAGUUCUUGAUCGACUUCCACGAGAAGCGAGGCGACAAGAUCAUCGUUUUCUCGGACAAUGUCUACGCCCUUGAGAAAUAUGCACUCAAGCUGAACAAGGCUUACAUCUAUGGUGGAACACCGCAGAAUGAGCGCAUGCGUAUUCUGGAAAAUUUCCAACAUAACGAGCAAGUCAACACUAUUUUCCUGUCCAAGAUCGGUGAUACGUCUCUCGAUCUGCCUGAAGCUACCUGUCUGAUCCAGAUUUCAUCCCACUACGGUUCGCGUCGUCAAGAGGCGCAGCGACUGGGCCGGAUUCUGCGAGCAAAGCGUCGUAACGACGAGGGCUUCAACGCUUUCUUCUACUCGCUCGUGUCCAAGGAUACUAGCGAGAUGGUCUACUCAGCCAAGCGACAAGCUUUCUUGAUCGACCAGGGUUACGCGUUCAAGGUCAUCACCCAUUUACAGGGUAUCGACAACUUUGAGGGGCUAUCAUACUCAACUGGCGCUGAACGUCGUGAGCUUCUCCAAGAGGUUAUGUUACAGAACGAGUCUUCAGCGGACGUGGAGCAGGUCAAUGAUGACCUGUUCUCUAUGCGUUCUGGCAAACGCACAGGCAAGAAGCCGACUGCAAGACGUGCUGCAGCUACCCUCAGCGGUUUGGCUGGCGGAGAUGACAUGGCUUACAUUGAGUACAACAAGAGCAAGAACAAGCAGAUCAAGGAUCACCAUCCACUGUUCAAGAAAAUGGAGAGAGAGCGCAUUCGCCGGAAGAAGGAGCGGGAAGCAGCGGCGUAA